CUUACUAGGAAACGAGGGGCAGUGGGCACGCGCUUGAAAGGCUGCAGGCGCCAUGGGCAGAGUGAGAAACGGCGCAAACACCCAGCAGCUGCAGGGGCAAAAACGGCCCGGGGAUCCCGCCGAAGCCUGCGCAGCCAUCGCGGUCAUGGGCGCGCGGCGCCCCCCUUUCCAAGUCCGCGUGGGGAGCCACGCGGCGGGGAGGAAGCCGGCGGCCGCCCGGCGGGAUUCCGCAAGGUUGCGGCGGAAGCGCUGGUGGCGGCGAGCCCGGGAGGCAGCCUCCGGAGGCCCGCUACCAGCCCCGAAGCCGCCGGCGCCCGCCGCGUCCCCGGGCGAGAUGGACCUGGGCGCUCAGCGGGAACGCUGGGAGACGUUCAGGAAGCGGCGGGGCCUCAGCUGCGAGGGCGCCGCCAAGUUCCUGCUGGACACCUUCGAGUACCCGGGCCUGGUGUACCACACCGGCGGCUGCCACUGCGGCGCGGUCCGCUUCGCCGUCUGGGCCCCCGCAGACCUGCGCGUGGUGGAUUGCAGCUGCAGGCUGUGCAGGAAGAAGCAGCACCGGCACUUCCUCGUCCCGGCCUCGCGCUUCACUCUCCUGCUGGGCGCCGAGAGCAUCGUCACGUACCGAUCCCACACGCACCCGGCGCUGCACAGCUUCUGCAGCAGGUGCGGGGUGCAGAGUUUCCACGCGUCUGUCUCUGACCCCGGGGUUUACGGCGUCGCCCCGCACUGCCUGGACGCGGGCACCGUGCGCAGUGUGGUCAUCGAGGAGGUCGACGGUGGCAACUGGGGGGAGGAGGCCACGAAGGAGCUCAAGGCCAUCCAGAACGCGUCUCCCGAGUGAGCCCCUGCCUCUCCUGUAGAGGAGCAGUGACUGGGGCCGCCACCCGCCUGAAACGUGCCCGGUGCCCUUCGAGGGGGCCACCUCAGUGCUUGUGAAGGAAUUACUGUAUGAAAGAGGUCGGUUUCUGGACUGGGGAACCCGUGAUGUCGCGCCAAGCUUCCACCCCUUCCCUCUCAGUGUGUUUCAACGGGCUUGCUUAUAAUCAAAAAACUGAGCACACAUGUGUCUGUGAACAGCCCUAAUCUUCCAAUCCAGUCAGCAAGCAGUGUCUCUACCUUUGCAGGUCGCCUUGCAUAACACUCAGUUGUAUUAUUCUUCCUACAGUUUUCACAGAUCAUUUUCAGAUUAUUCAUAUGUACUGUACCGUUAUGGUGCUAUUGUGAGCAAGAUUGUUUUAAUGGUCGCAUCUGGCAUGUGAGACCACUCACUAUAUCUAAACACUUUUGUAGACCUUUACGAGGACGUUUUCUGUUGAUUAUCUGUGUGCGUGUGUGUGUGUUAGGUACGCACUCACGUUUUCGCUACUUAGAGAUGUGCGUUAUUUUCGGUCACAGUGUUUAUUUAAUGUAUUUGUAUAUAGUAGGUUUAAGGUUCAUUAGUGUUACAUACCUCAUUGCACCUAUGUUUUCAAAUGAUGUUGCCAUUUUGCUUGGUUUUGUUUUAGAAACUGCCUCUGGGAAGGGGAAUGGGGAGACAAGAAUGAGAAAAGAUAUCUGUGGACUGUAUGUACACCCUCUUUGAUGUUUUGAAAUUCCUAUCUUGAAUAUGUGUUAAGUAUUCAGAUAAAGUGUUCAGAAAUGAGUACCUAAUAACUGAAAAGUAUCUAUUUCUAUGUUGUACAUUACAAUCAGCAUUAAUUUAUAUGUAAUUUCUUUAUACCUGAGAUUUUUAUCAGACAAUAGGUGGUGAGUGUCUUUUCCUGUUAAAAGAUAUGUACAAAAACCAUCAUUUAAUAGUUUCAUAGAAUUAAAAAAUGUAGAUCUUACAUAACUCAUUUAACCAACCUGAUGGAUGGAUUGAUUACCUGUUUUCUGAUGGAUGGAUGGAUGGAUGGAUGGAUGGUUGGUUCUGAUGGAUGGUUACCUUUUUUCCCAACUUUUCACUAUAAUAACAAUAUUUUGAAGGAGUAAAGUACAAAUAAAUAUUCUCAGUGUUCUCUGACUUGGAUAAAAGGCCUGGAGCUCUUUCCAUCUCUCUUGCUGUCUGUCUCUUCUGUACAAGUGCAUACAAUAUGCAUUGAAUUGUUUAACUUGACAUAUCUAUCAACAAAUUAAAAAUGAACU